AAUUCUUAUUUUAACCCUAAUUAAGAAUGUUAAAUGUGUUUUAUAACAAAAAAACUGGAUUUAUUAUAGCUGAGAAUGUAACAUUUGUGUAACCUCUUUAGGGAAAAAAGAACAAGAAAUAUGAAGUUUGUGUGGACCACUUAGGGCUUCAAUCUUCUGGGGAUUAUUCAAACUUUUUGCUCUGCAUUAGGAAUACUUUGAUAAACAAGAUGCCAUUUGAUCAAGUCAUGAAAAAUAAGUUGAAUGAUUCUCAUGCCUUGUCACAUUUCAUCUUCCCCCUCUUACUCCUGACCUCCUUUUGACUUCUCAUCCCUUGAGAGCAGCAAUCAGAUGGGAGGGAGCAUCUCACCCAACUCAGCUCUGCUGGAUUAAUAAAAAGGACUUACCAUUUAUCUAUGACCUUUUACUGGAACCUUGAGAGAUAGAUAAAGACGUACGUCAUAGCUCAUUGAAUACCAAAAGUUUGAUGUUUAGAAGACAUUUGCUAACUCGGAUCACUUCAAGGAAGUUACUAUUCAAGUCAAAUACAUCAUAAUACAGAAUUCUUCAUCACUACCACCAAAAGAUCAAGGUGAAUCAGUCAUGCCUUCUGGAACAACACAGAGUGGGAAAGGUUUGCAAAACAAGACUCAGUUUAGAACCAUUGCACCAAAAAUUAUGCCCAAAGUCCUAACUUCCAGAGUGUCGCCGGGCCCUUUGCCAUCACUCUCUGAUCAGGUGAAUCCAGGUCCCACCAUCGGCUCCACACCACUGGGGGUGCCUGCCCAGAAUUAUGCUCUGAUGCAGGUUGCUGGCCAGAAGGGGACAUUUUCUCUCGUGGCAUUGCCUCAUGUUGCCUCAGCUCAGCCAGUCCAGAAACCCAGACUGCCCCUGCCUGAAAACCUUAAACUGCCGAUUCCUCGAUACCAACCCCCGAGAAAAAACAAAGGAUCAACAAAGAACCCCAUUCUGAUCUCCUCUGAAAGUGGCUUUAGCAAGCCUCCUGCCCAGACCCAAACGUCUCCUUCCCUACCUGACCGUUCUGAACCCCUGCCCCAGCCCAGUCCGUCCAAGCCAGUACUGUCACUAGACCGAGCCCCAGCCGGCGUCAGCAUGGCUGCAUUGACCGGUGGAGAUUGCCAAGGAGACUCUCGACCUCCAGUGACCAGUGACCAUGGAAAUCCCAAACUUCCUGACACCCCAACAUCAUCCACACCAGAGGAGCCCUCUGCCAGGCAGGGUCUCAUGAAGAUUUCAGGGAAAGAAAACUUUGCAAGCAAAGAAACAUCCAGUAAACCUGCUGUUGCCAGUGAAAAACAUAAAGAACAAGAUGAUCUUGCAAAAGGCACGAUCAGGUCAUCACCAGCCAUUUUGGGCAGUGCACUUCAGUUAAUCCCUUCAGUCCCCAAAGGUAAACUGCCAAUCUUACCCUACUUAAGGGUGAAAACAACAGAGAUGUAUAAAAGUGAGUCAGAUGUUAACAUUGUAGACUUUUCUCUGCCUGGGCUCAGGGUCAACUGCUAUGAGACAUCCACCAUCCCUGAAGGCUUUGAUGCAGCCACCAAAAGGGCCGAUAAGGUAACUGGUCCACAGGUUUCAAAGCACAGUCCCUGUAAAAGUGCCUUUUGUCCAGCUACCAAACUGGAUCUCAACCACAAAACAAAACUAAAUGGCGGGGCAGCAAAGAGAAAAGGACGAAAACUAAAGGUACCAGAUGAAAUCUUGUCGUUUCAGGGGAAAAGAAGGAAAUGUAAAAGAAUAAAAAAUGAUUCCCAACAAUCCAGAGAUCAAAAACCUGGGGCUAUGAAAAAAUAUCGUAACAUUAUGCCUAAACCUGUCAUUGCCACACCCACUGUGGCUCCCUUGGCUUCUCCUGCAGCUGUAUUACAGUCCCAAAGGCCCAGCUGCCUAGGACAAGACAGUUUGUUCAAUAAUUCAUUCACUCCUAAAUACCUCAGCUGUAAGCAGGACAACAGCCCUUCCCCUAAGCCCAGUUCUGCAUUCAGAAAUGGAUUCUCUGGCCUUAAGAAGCCUUGGCACCGAUGUCCUGUCUGUAACCACCACUUCCAGUUCAAGCAGCACCUUCGAGAUCACAUGAACACACACACUAACAGACGGCCUUACAGUUGUCGAAUUUGUCGCAAGGCAUACGUACGUCCUGGCAGCCUGAGCGCACACAUGAAACUUCAUCAUGGUGAGAGCCGGCUGAAGAAACUUGUGUGCUGUGAAUUUUGUGCAAAAGUGUUUGGUCACGUCAGAAUCUAUUUCGGCCAUCUGAAAGAAGUACAUAGGGUUGUCAUCAGCACCGAGCCCUCCCCCAGUGAACUGCAGCCAGGGGACCUGCCAAAGAACAGGGACAGGGACAUGAAUGUGCAGAGGGAAAACAAGUCAAGCCUGGAAGAAGACCUUCUAAACCAGGCAGACGAAGUCAAAUUACAAAUCAAAUGUGGCCGCUGUCAGAUCACUACCCAGUCCUUUGCUGAAAUAAAGUUUCAUUUACUUUAUGUUCAUGGAGAGGAAAUUCAGGGCAGGCUGCAAGAGGAGAUCUCCCCAGGAAGCCAGAUAGCUUGUGAAGAACUGGUUCAACAUGCCGCUCCUUCCUGGAAACAGCAUCCUGAAAGAAGAAAACUGCUGCAGCACUGUCCCUCUGAUGAGGUACAUGCAGUUCCUACAUUGAAAGGACAAGCCUACCUUCAUCAUCAGAAUGACAUGGAAAGGCUCACAAAACAUGAAGGAGCCCAGCUGGGGCCCAGCGAGCCAGAAGUCCCCCAGGGCCCCGCGUGUCCCAGCCCACACUUAGUUCUCCCUCAGCCCCUUUCUGGCUUUAACUGCAUCCUUUGUGCACAGACUCUUGGAAGGAAAGAAGAACUCCUCCUGCACUGGGAGCAAGGGCACAACUGUGAGGACCCUCCCAAGCUCUGGAGGAUUCUACAUGCACCCUCUCACAGGGAGUGAUUGAACUUCCCAGCAGAACUGAAAAAUGAAAGACGGGCGGGGGGAGCUUAAACAGAGCUUUGUAUCA